AUGGCCAUGGAAAUUGUCAAGCACGGCGAGGAGGAGGAGUUCGCCAUCAAGCCCCAGGCCUCUGUCCCUCACCUGGAUACGAGCAGCUGGCCUCUGUUGCUCAAGAACUACGACAAGCGCAAGUUUUCUCCCUCUUCUUGGAUAUGGAGCAACCGCUCGCUUCUUGCAGUUCUCGUCCGGACGGGUCACUUCACCCCCAUUCCGGCAGGAUGCAGCCCUCUGAAGAGAGACAUCAAGUCCUACAUCUCUUCCGGUGUCAUCAACCUUGACAAGCCCUCCAACCCCAGUUCCCACGAGGUUGUCGCUUGGGUCAAGCGUAUCCUUCGCGUUGAGAAGACUGGUCACAGCGGUACCCUUGAUCCCAAGGUCACUGGUUGCUUGAUUGUUUGCGUCGACCGUGCUACCAGACUCGUCAAGUCCCAGCAGUCUGCUGGUAAGGAGUAUGUUGCCGUCAUUCGCCUUCACGACAAGCUGCCCGGCGGCAAGGUCCAGUUCGCCCGCGCUCUCGAGACUUUGACUGGUGCCCUCUUCCAGCGCCCUCCUUUGAUCUCUGCCGUCAAGCGUCAGCUGCGUAUCCGUACCAUUCACGAGAGCAAGCUCAUCGAGUUCGACAAUGAUCGCCACCUCGGUGUCUUCUGGGUUUCUUGCGAAGCUGGAACCUACAUCCGUACCCUCUGCGUCCAUCUCGGUCUGUUGCUCGGUGUUGGUGGCCACAUGCAGGAGCUCCGAAGAGUGCGCUCUGGUGCCAUGGGCGAGAGCAAGGAGAUGGUUACUCUGCACGACGUGCUUGAUGCUCAGUGGACCAUGGACAACACCAGGGAUGAGUCUUACCUGCGCAAGGUCAUCUCUCCCCUGGAGACUCUUCUCACUGGCUACAAGCGUGUUGUGGUCAAGGACAGCGCUGUCAACGCUGUCUGCUACGGUGCUAAGCUUAUGCUUCCCGGUCUUCUGAGAUACGAGUCCGAAAUUGAGGUUCACGAUGAGGUCGUUCUCAUGACCACCAAGGGUGAGGCCAUCGCCCUCGGCAUUGCUCAGAUGUCCACCGUCGAGAUGUCGACAUGCGAUCACGGCGUUGUUGCCAAGGUCAAGAGAUGCAUCAUGGAGCGCGACUUGUACCCCAGAAGAUGGGGUCUUGGUCCCCUCGCCUCCGAGAAGAAGAAGAUGAAGGCCGACGGCAAGCUCGACAAGUACGGCCGCCCCAACGAGGCCACUCCCGCCAAGUGGGCGGUGGAGUCUACGACAGCUACUCCCGCCGCAGUCACCCCUGCCAAUGCCGAGGAUGAUGGCGAGUCCAAGAAACGCAAGAAGCACGAGGGCGAGACACGCGACGAGAAGGCGGAGCGCAAGCGUCGGAAGGCUGAGAAGAAGGCGGCCAAGGCCGCGAAGAAGGCAGCCAAGGGUGGUGCUGACGACGAUGACGACAGCGAGUAA